ACACACACAACUGAGCACAAAAGCAAUGUAAACACAAGUUAAUCGAUUUUAGUGACACAUUAACACGACUAAACAUAAAUAAAGGGAGAUUAAGUUAAGUUCAUUCAGUAUCUGCUCAGAAGAUUGAAAUUUAUAACCAGUCAUGAUAAUUCUCAGUGUGUGUGUGCUACUGCUGCCACUGGUAUGUUCACAACCACAGGGCUGGUUAAGCUCUCCUGAUCAUCCUUUGGAAUACCCCAGCAACAGCACAAAGAACUGGACCCUAUGUGCUUCUCCAGGCUUUGCAGUAUCUCUGACUCUCAUUCACCUGGACCUGGAGAACAGUGCAGAGUGUGAACAUGAUGCUCUCAAGAUAUUCACUGGCAACAAUCUAAACAAGACUCUGUGUGGCAGCAUGUCCUUUACUGAGAUGCAGUCUUCUAUCAAUCCUCAUCUUCACUCUGCUUCUGGAGGUUGUUUAUACAUUUAUUUCCAUUCAGAUGACUCACACCCACAGGUUCAUACUGGAUUCAAUGCCUUCUACCAAACACAAGAUGUUGAUGAAUGUGCCAGCAAGAGUAAUCCAUGCAGUCAUUUUUGCUACAAUUUUAUUGGAGGAUUCCGUUGUAGCUGUCCACAUGGAUAUCUUCUUAAACACAACAAAGUGACCUGUGAAGCAAUUAAAUGUGGGAACCCUAAAACCUUGCUGAAUGGACAUGUGGAAUUUGUUAAAGGUUCUAAUAAUGAAUAUUUGUCAGUCAUUGAGUUCCACUGCAAUAAACCUUAUUACACUUCCAAGGGAAAACAUUAUGGGAACUAUACAUGUAGUGCUGCACAAACAUGGAAGGAAAAUGGCAAUAAUAUACUUCCUUCAUGUCAUUAUGUAUGUGGUCAGCAAAAAUUAAUGUCUCAAUACAGCAGAAUAAUUGGAGGAAAACCGGCUCCUUCUGGCUCCUUUCCCUGGCAAGUCUACCUUUACAUUAAUACAAACCAUCCAUACAGAGGAGGGGCAUUUAUCAUUGGAGAAACAUGGUUAAUGACUGCAGCUCACAAUUUGGUUAGAGACCAUCUAAAAGGCCCUAUAAAAAAGGAAAAAGUGCAGGCAUAUGCUGGGCAUAAUAAUUUAAAUGAAAUGGACAAGUAUAUCACCCUUAAUAUAUCAUCAAUCCAUAUACAUGAAAACUACACUACAGAAUUUGACAACGAUAUUGCCCUAAUUAAGCUCAAGUCACCAAUCUCAUUCAGUGAGAAUAUCAGGCCAGUUUGUCUACCACCAAAGCCUGCUGAAUGGAAGAAGUACACAGGGUUGGUAUCUGGUUAUGGAUUAAUCGAGACGGGUGGAGGUAAAGCUGCCGAUGAACUAAUGUAUGUUGAUGUUCCUUCUGUGGACCAACAUACAUGUAGAGCAUCCUUUGAAAAGGAAAGAAGUAUUUACAACCACAUUCCCCAUGUUACAGACAACAUGUUUUGUGCUGGAUUGAGUGGGGGGGGGAAGGACUCAUGCUUUGGUGAUAGUGGGUCGGCCUUUGUUGUACGAAAAAAGGAUGUAUACUGUGCAGUAGGUAUCGUUAGCUGGGGUUUAAAUGCCUGUGGCUCUCAAGGCACAUAUGGAGUGUAUACCAAAGUGUCACAGUACCUUGACUGGAUAAACAAGACAAUGAGUGAAAACUAGUGA